AAUCAACUAUGAAGUUUUGAUGAACGCCCGCAAAAACAUAUCUUUUCUAAUUCUAUAAUUUUUUAAAUUCUUUUCCUUUAAAAUUUGAAGAAAUGGGUAAUGGAAUCGGAAAAUUAAGCGUUUGCUUCACCUGCGCCGACGGCGGAGCUUAUGAAGCUCCGAGGAAGAGAGAUUUAGCUGCCGUGAUAUCUGACCCUUUAGAUGAUUUGGGUCAUUCUUUCUGCUAUGUUCGGCCCGAUCAGACCCGGAUAUCUUCUUCUAAGGUCCAUUCCGAGGAGACCACUGCUUCAACCACGACGUUUAAGUCAAUCUCCGGUGCUUCCGUUAGUGCCAAUACCUCUACUCCGCUUUCGACCGCCUUCGUCGACGUCUAUACUUACAACAGCAUCGAUAGAGCCUCUGCCGCCGCCGCCUUCGAGAGCUCCACCUCCUUUGCUUCAAUCCCUCUUCAACCCAUCCCGCGAAAUUCAACUGGAUACUCCGGCCCGUUAUCGAGCUCUGGGCUUAUCCCGGGCUCUGGCCCGAUUGAAAGGGGAUUUUUGUCGGGCCCGAUAGAGAGGGGGUUCAUGUCGGGCCCUCUUGAUCGGGGGCUCUUUUCAGGUCCUCUUGAGAAGGGUUUCUCUGAUCAGUUCCAGAGAAGCUUCUCUCAUGGGGGUUUCGCGUUUCGGCCCAGAUCAAGAAAAGGCUCGCUGAUUCGGGCCCUGCAGAGAGCUUUGUCAAAGACAAUCAGUAGAGGUCAGAACUCAAUUGUUGCUCCAAUCAAGGGUGUUGUUUCAUUGAAAGAAAAUGAGUGGAUUGUGGAUUCUGAAAAGCAGAAUGAGUUGACCAUUAGUAGUGUUAAUUUGAGCAGUGAAGGUAGCUUAGAUGAUGAUGACUCAUCAGAAAGUCAGAAUCUUCAGUGGGCUCAGGGGAAAGCAGGGGAGGAUAGGGUUCAUGUGGUUGUUUCUGAGGAGCAUGGAUGGGUUUUUGUAGGGAUUUAUGACGGAUUUAAUGGCCCCGAUGCUCCGGAUUAUUUGUUAUCCAAUUUGUAUUCAGCUGUUCAUAAGGAGCUGAAGGGAUUGUUAUGGGAUGACAAGUUUGAUUCUUUAACUAAGAGUUCCUCUGCCUCGGUUGAGACCUUGAAUUCAGGAAUGGAGGAUUUGAAUCAGAUUAGUAAGGAGGAGGUUUCACGGGAUAGGACUAAAGAUGGUUGUUCUAGAGGAGUAGAGCAGGAGAGUUAUCCGUGUGGAAACGGAGAAGUGACAUUUGAUUCACAAAUCAGUAAAAAGACUAGAAAAAGUUCGAAGGGUAAGUAUAGAGGGGCUGCCAAGAGAUGGGAGGAGAACCAGAGGAAGUGGAGGUGUGAAUUUGAUAAAGAGAGAUUGGAGCUCGACAGGAGGUUAAAAGAGCAAUUGAAUAAGAAUAGGUUGAAUGGAUCGGGGACAAUUAAUCACAGGUGGGCAGAGGGGAUGCCGUAACUAUGCAGACUGCUUACUCCAUUGAAUGAUAAGAGGAAUCCGACAGGUGGAAUUAAUCACCCAGAAAUCCCCAUAGGACAUGGUUAUAUAGGAGAAUUCUAUUACAAGCUUUCGCAUACUAAAACCAGGGUAUACAUAAUACAUUACAAUUCAUGAGGUGUAGGCAACAGAUUUAUUUCCUGUUUAAGAAAUUUUUCCGUAUUGACAUGCUUUGGAACUCUAUCCACUUGCCUACAAAUUUGUGUUUGUAUGGCAUAAACAUGCAUGCAUUUGUUUUAUCCCAAUGAUGACAUUAUAUAUCUGAAAACUUAACUUGCUGUUUCUACUGCUUACAAUUCUCAUUGACACAGUAUAAAUACACUCAGACUCUGCAUCCUCAUGAUGCCACAAAAAAUGCCAUAGCUAUGGGAUCUAAAGGCUUACCAGUUUCUUGUCUAUUUCUAUUAAGAAUUCACACUUCCAGUUUUCUUCAGUUUAAUAAGUAAAAACAGC